UUUCGUCCUUUGCCACGACUGUUUUAAACUUGGGAAUUACGCAUGGGAUCAUACUUUUGAGGACGACGACUCGCGCACUCGUCACCGCUGAGUCGCUUCAAAUCUCGUCGCCCGGCAUUAAACUUUCUCACUCUAUAUCCUUACAUUCGCUUCGUUAAAAUGUUUUCUUCUUCUCCAUCUUCAUCUGCAACAGAUGCAGAAACUCUCCGGCGCAACCGCAUCCUCUCCAGCAAGCUCUACUUUGACGUUCCUCGCUCCAAGGUUCCGUUAAUUUACUCAUCUUCUUACGAUAUCGCGUUUCUUGGCAUAGAGAAGUUGCACCCAUUUGAUUCUUCGAAAUGGGGUCGUGUAUGUCGAUUUCUCAUCGGUGAUGCUGUUUUGAAUAAAUAUUCUGUUGUUGAACCCUUGGAAGCUACAAAAGAUGACCUCCUUGUGGUUCAUUCAGAAUCAUACUUGAAUAGCCUGAAGAGUAGCAUAAAUGUCGCCAUGAUAGUUGAGGUUCCCCCACUUGCUGUAUUGCCCAAUUGUCUUGUGCAGCAGAAGGUUCUUUACCCAUUUCGGAGGCAGGUAGGUGGAACUAUUUUGGCAGCUAAGCUUGCAAAAGAGCAAGGAUGGGCCAUCAAUGUUGGAGGAGGAUUUCAUCACUGUUGUGGUGAAAAAGGAGGUGGAUUUUGUGCUUAUGCGGACAUUUCUCUCUGCAUUCAUUUUUCCUUUGUUCGGUUAAAUAUAUCAAGGGUAAUGAUAAUUGAUCUUGAUGCACAUCAAGGGAAUGGCCACGAAAUGGAUUUUGCUAGUGACAGGCGAGUUUAUAUUCUGGAUAUGUACAAUCCUGAUAUAUACCCUUUUGAUUAUGAAGCAAGGAGAUAUAUUGAUCAGAAGGUUGAAGUAGUGAGUGGGACGACUACAGAUGAGUACUUGAGAAGACUGGAUGAAGCACUUGAGGUUGCUGCAUCAAGGUUUGACCCUGAGCUGGUGGUUUACAAUGCUGGUACGGACAUCUUAGAUGGAGAUCCAUUGGGGAGGUUAAAGAUAAGCCCAGAUGGAAUCAUCUGUAGAGAUGAGAAAGUUUUUAGGUUUGCCCGUGAGAAAAAUAUUCCUCUGGUUAUGCUUACAUCAGGUAUACUGAUUCCAGGGCUGAUUUGGACGCUACCUAAAAUGAGAAAGUGGCUUCGUUUAGCUGGGAAUCACUUCUGGAUUCUCAUGUUUCUGCCGCUUUCUUAUGUUAAUGACCUGGAUUAUAAACCAAGAAUCUUGUUUACCUAGAAACUCGUGCAAAAUAUCUUUGUGACGAGGAAUAGGCAAAGGUAAAAAUAUGUUGACCUAUCCUACUUUGAAAGAGUUUAAAAGAUGCAGAUGCUGGAAGGACACCUUGUUGAAGAAACAUUGUCUUUUGCAGUUCAAUCUCAUGGUCUGUGUCUGUGGAGAAGCUCAAUGUAGGUGUGGAAUAGUAGAAUCUGGUUACUGUGACAAUCUUAAGCAAAAAAUAUAGGUCAUAGCUGUUGAAUCAAACAAUAUAAUUAUCAAAUUGUUUACUAUUAUUCGUCUA